AGGAACUGUCGCCCUCCGUGAAUAACUAAUAACCCCGUAUCUCGCAUACGUAUACUAGGCCUGCACCAAGGUUGGUCCCUCCUUCGUUUAUUAUCUGGCUAUGACUAGAUUCUCGUCGCGAAGGAUCUUGAUUCAUCCCUUCCACCAUAUACUCUUGUUUCUCUCUUUCUUGCUGACGAAGAUUCGACUGUCCUGACAUGCAGAUGAUUCCAAUGUCAUAGUCCGACCCCUCUCCCGAGACGAUUAUCCUCACUUCCGACUUUCGCAUCCUACUUCUCUUCUCGCCCCCCUUUGUUUCCGCCGCACCCUCCGUGGUGGUUAGAAACUGCCUUGGCUCACGAUGGGGAUCUCCCAUCGCCGCUGGCGAGCAUUCUCUCUGCUCUCCCUCCUGACGACGGCUUCGACAUUAUACGUGAAUCCCGGCUCAGACUGCGCAGCUCUAUGCCUUGGGGGUACAAACGAAAAUGCGGGCUCGACGGAAUCAUCGAUAGGACGCUCUGAUAUCGUAUGCCGAGACAACGAGUAUAACUCCGAGGCAGAGGGUAUCAGGUACAGGAACUGCGUAGAGUGCCUACGAGAAAGCCGCGACGUACAUGGCGAUGACAGCGAUCUCCAGUGGAUGCUAUACAAUAUGCGCUUUGCACUGGACACUUGUUUGUGGAAUAACGACACCGCCAUCCACUCGCCCUGCAUGAUCAAUUUUGCGUGCGAGCCCCUAGCUGAAGCUGUCGGUACUGGACUUUCGACACCUGGCGAACAACACUUCGACUACUGUACUGCCGACGGGAAUGUCUUUAGCAGCAACAGCCACUGGUCGUGUGUUUCCUGCCUUCAGAACAGCGCCAUUCAGACUUACUAUCUGUCCAACUUUCUCCAGGUCCUGAAAGCAGGUUGCGAACAAGAGCCGGAGCUUGGCGGCCUAAUUGAGUUGGGGGAUGGCGAAAUCUUUGCGCAAGAACUUCUCAAUACAACCAUUACAAAUACCACGCUACCGGGCGAGGGAGGAGCUGGGUCAGACACAAUGACCACCGGCACUAUUGUGGGCAUUGCCGUAGGGGGUGGACUCUUCCUCCUCGGAGCUAUCGCCCUUAUCGUCGUCUACUGCCGCCGCCGCAAGAAGCGACAGGCCGAUGAUGCGGACCCCGACCAAACUCCUCCCCCAGAUAGGAGCAACGAAAGCUCUUUUGCCGCCACCAAGCAUAGCCCCCGUGGAGACUUCAGCGACCCGAAGAACUCCCCUUCCAUACGCUCAUCAGAGUACGAGUUGAAGGAGGCGCAGAGGUACGCCAGUCAUGCCGACUUUUACGAAAAAAUGGAGGAAAGCGGCAGCGGCAACCAGAGAAACGCAGCUCACUACAACUUCGAUCCUCGCCGCCACCAGCAUGGGCCCGGCAGUGCGCUACCAUCUCAUCCAGCUUAUAACCCGCGUUUCAUGACCCGAGAUCCCGCCAAGUCCUCGCCUCUCAGGCCCAAGAACCACCAGAAGUCCUAUGCACCCGACUCGUACGCCAUGCAGAUGUAUCUCCAUGCCGCGGAAGACCACUUGGCCGCCACAGGGUCCCGCUCGCAGACUCCUACGGGGCGGGCCUCACCCCAGGGUUCAACUGGUGGUGCAUCGGCGGAGGUCUCGUCGACAAGAGAUCAGGGGAGCGCUGCUGCUGCCGCUCUGCCCGAGGGCAUUCCUCCUCCACCUCCAGGACCCCCACCAUCCGACAACGCGAAUAAUACUUCUAGGACCUCAUCUAGUGGUCUGCUCCCUUCUAUUCCCAGGAUCCGGCUACCGAAGACGCAGGAAGCCACAGCGACACAUAACACCAGGCAAGAGGAUGGGGAGCAAGGCAACUCCGGGGCACUGAACAUCUCGGAGCCCAUGUCUCAGCAUGAGACGCGAUUCCCUGAUAGACCAAUUGGGGGCGCCCCGGCAUUGUCUACCAGAACUGAGCUAUCCUUCAACCGGGUCGACAAGGGCGACAUGGACCCACCGAACACGGGAAGGAGCAUGAUAUACAAUUAGUGGUAGAUGUAGCAUUCGGGGGGGGUGAAGAUGAAUUUAUUCUUCUAGCCCAUGCAUUGGGAGAACUGGGUUGGACGGUCAUCUGGAAUUUGGUUGGAAUAAAGUAAGGCAG